AUGGGUAGUAUGACAAAAGAUUCAUUUACCAAUGAAGGAGUGGCUUUGGAUAGGUUGGUACUAUCAUAUUAUGUUAUUAGAAUCAUUAUAAGCUUUUUCUACCUCCUUUUAAAUACUCCACAAUUGUUUUACGAGUUUAAAGUACUAGUCAAAACAAACUUUACAUUGACACCAAGAUUUAUAGUAUUCUUUAGUUUAGUUAUACAACCUAUUAUGAGAAUGUUAGGAUGUGGAUUCUUUAUACGUGACCACGAUUAUUCUGGAAAUGGAUUUGAACAAAUAAGUUGGAAAAACAAGAAAAGAGUUUGGAAUAUUAGUUUAUGUCUUAUGGUGGGGAUGAUUUUAUGGGGAGUACUUGAAAAUAUAAUGUCAUGUGUAUCGACUGCAUCGGCAGCUGGAAUGGUUUCGGCAGCUGGAUUUAUAGUUUGUUUGGUUGGUGUUGGAUUAUUCCUUGCCAUUAAUCUUAUUAUCCUCUCGAAUCACUUAAAGAGACAUAAAGAAAUGAUGCUACAAAAUGAUAAACACUCAAAAUCAUCUUACAAGAUUAAAAAGAUGGCUUGGUUGUUGGUGGGUACCAUCAUUUGUGUUGCAGCAAGAGAAUUGUGGUUACAAAUAGGUAAACCAGGUUACAAUGACAAUAUCCGUCAUCUUUCAAGUUUUAUCACAAUGUUGAUUGAAUUCUUUCAAAUGGCAGUCGUCAUGCUUGGAGUUGCCAAUCAUCCAUACAAUUAUCUCUUAUUCCGACCUGUUAAUAGAUCUAAAUGGUUGGGUGAUUCAUCGGCGGUAGAAAUCUCUCAAACAUCAUUUGCAAAGAGUAACCAACAACAAAUUUCAAUGGCAUCAAUGGGAAAGAGUAUAAAUACAAUGAGUUAUAUUGAAGAUGAUUUAGAUUAUGAUGCACCUGUAUUUAAUCAAUCUGACAAUAUUAAUAAUAAUAAUAAUAAUAUAGAUGGUGCUGGAGGAGGGGACGAUGAAGAAAUGUCAAAAUCAACUUUUACUGUUAAAGUUGAUCAAUAA